AUGGCGGGACGACUUGGCGGCAUGAUGCCCAACGCGCCCAUCAUCCUCUUGCGCGAGGACACCGACGUUUCACAAGGCACAUCGCAACUCUUGCACAACAUCGGCGCUUGCUCCUCGAUCGUAUCCUGCGUCGCCUCAACCCUCGGCCCUCGCGGCAUGGACAAGCUUAUCGUCAACGAGCGUGGCCAAGCUACCAUUUCUAACGACGGAGCCACGAUUCUUAAAUUGCUCGACAUCGUGCACCCUGCUGCCAAGACGCUCGUCGACAUUGCACGUGCACAAGAUGCCGAGGUGGGAGAUGGCACAACGUCGGUCGUGCUACUUGCCGGCGAGAUGCUCAAGGAAGCCAAGCCGUUCAUCGAGGAAGGCGUCGCACCACAUAUCAUCAUCAAGGGCUACAGAAAGGCAGUGCAACUUGCGGUGGAAAAGAUCAACGACAUGGCUGUGACCAUCGACAAGUCGGACAAGCAGGAAUUUUACGACUUGCUGCUCAAGUGUGCCGGUACCAGCAUGUCGUCUAAGCUCAUCGUCUCGCAGCGUCCUUUCUUCAGCAAGAUGGUGGUGGAUGCUGUCAUGUCGCUCGACCAGGAUGAUUUGGACCAGAGCUUGAUCGGUAUGAAAAAGGUUCCCGGUGGAGGUAUGCAGGAUUCUCUGCUAGUGCACGGCGUCGCUUUCAAGAAGACGUUUGCAUACGCCGGAUUCGAACAGCAGCCCAAGAGCUUUACCAACCCCAAGGUGCUUUGCCUCAACGUCGAGCUCGAACUCAAGGCGGAAAAGGACAACGCCGAGGUACGAAUCAACGAGGUCUCGGAAUACCAAGCUGUGGUAGAUGCCGAAUGGCAGAUCAUCUUCAACAAGCUCGAGGCGAUCGUCAAGACUGGUGCCAAGGUGGUUCUUUCGAAACUUCCGAUCGGAGAUUUGGCGACUCAGUACUUUGCUGACCGCGACAUCUUCUGCGCUGGUCGUGUGCCUGCUGAUGACAUGAAGCGUGUCGUUCAGGCGGUGGGAGGAUCGGUGCAAAGCACGUGCUCUGACAUCAACCCAGACAAACAUCUGGGCACGUGCGGCAAGUUCGAGGAGCGUCAAAUUGGUGGCGAGCGCUUCAACAUUUUCGAGGAAUGUCCACAGGCCAAGACGUGCACGCUGAUUCUGCGUGGAGGAGCCGAACAAUUCAUUGCCGAAGUUGAGCGUAGUCUGCACGAUGCCAUCAUGAUCGUGCGACGAGCGAUCAAAAACUCGCACGUGGUUGCCGGAGGAGGAGCGACCGAGAUGGAGCUGUCCAAGUAUCUUCGCGACUACUCGCGCACGAUCCAGGGCAAGCAGCAGCUGGUCAUUGGUGCGUUUGCCAAAUCGCUCGAGUGCAUCCCGCGCCAGUUGGCCGACAACGCCGGAUUCGACGCUACCGAUCUGCUCAACAGGCUGCGCAUGAAGCAUGCGCACGGCGCACAGUGGGAAGGCAUCGAUAUCGAUGCUGAGGACACGGCGGAUCUCAUGGAGAAAUUCGUUUGGGAACCGAGCCUCGUCAGAAUCAACGCGUUGCAGUCCGCCGCCGAGGCGGCUUGUUUGAUUUUGAGUGUCGACGAGACUAUUAGGAAUCAGGCCAGUGACAAGGCUCAACCCGGUCCAAAGGCUCCCCCUGGAACCAUGCAGAAGGCGCUCCGCGGUAGGGUGCCGCGUCGUUAG